CUCGUCAGGAUGAAGGUAUGUGUGCUCCUCAUGUGUGUGUGUGUGUGUGCCCUCAGCUGGAGGACGGAGGCCGAGUCCAGAUCGUACCUGGUGACGGCUCCUCUCUCCUUGCGCCUCGACGCUGUGGAGACGGUUCUGCUCCAGCUGUUCGGGUUCAUGAACGAGGUGAAGGUCUAUGUGUUCCUGAAGACAUCCAUGGCUCCGGACCACGUGGUUCUGGCUCAGGAGGUCGUGACCCUUAACGCCCAAAACCACCACCAGGCCACCGCCCAAGUCCAGCUGCACCCGGGUCAGCUGGGUCCUGGUGUGAGUCAUGUGAUCCUGCACGUCCAAUCAGCAGAGAUCAACCAGCACCUGACAGUGUCCGUCAGCCGCACCAACGGCUUCCUGUUCCUGCAGACCGACAAGCCGCUUUACACGCCCCACCAGAGUGUUAAAGUGAGGGCGUUCUCCCUGAACCAGGAACUCAGACCAGCCAAUCGCAGCGUUUUCCUGACCUUCAAGGACCCCGAUCAGACCACAGUGGACAUCGUGGAGCUAAUCGAUGUAAACAAUGGAAUCCCGUCGAUGCAAAACCCGUUUAAGAUCCCCAUUAAACCCAAGUUGGGGAUUUGGACCAUCGAAGCUUCUUACUCUGAUAAGUUCACGACCACAGCGAGGACCGACUUUGAAGUGAAAGAAUACGUUAUUCCCAGUUUCUACAUCCACGUGAAGCCAGAAUCUAACUUCAUUAGCUAUGGAAGCUUCAACCGGUUCACCUUCAAGCUUUCAGCCAGGUACGUCCACGGGGCGCCGGUGGCCCAGGGGGAGGUGUUCCUGCGCUACGGCUACGUUAGCGGAGAGAACGCUCCGGUCAUCGUCCCGAGCUCGGUCCGCAAGGAGAGAUUGUCGUCAACAGGUGAGGUGGACGUGACCGUGAACAUGGAGAAGGUCCUCUCGAAACACGAUGGACCUAAAGACCUCAAUAGUCUGGCAGGGAAGUACCUCUACAUCGCUGUCCUGCUGCAGGAGGACACAGGUGCGAUCACUCAGGAGGCGGAGUUUGCUGCAGUAAAGUUUGUCAAAUCACCUUACAGCCUGAGCCUGGUGUCCACGCCCCUUUUCAUCAAACCUGGACUUCCUUAUAACAUCCAGGUGCUGGUGAAGGAUCACCUGGACCAACCGGUGAACCGGGUUCAGGUGCGCCUGGUGGAGCGCCGGCUGUUCACAGCGGAGAUGCAGUGGGAGGAGCUACCUUGUCCAUCAAGCGCCAACAGCCAAUCAGACGGCCUCGCUGUCUUCAUCUGCAACACGCCCAGGGAGGGGACCAGAGCGGUGCUGAAGUUCAAGACGGCGGACUCCUCCCUCCCAGAGGCCAGCCAGGCCAGCCUGAGCCUGGAGGCGUCGGCCUACCACUCUCCCAACCGGCGCUACCUGUACAUCGACCCCCCGCAGCCCGGCGGCGGCCUGCUGGUCGGCCAGUUCGCCAACAUCCAGGUGUACUCGGCCAUGCCCAUCUACGUGCCCGCCAGGGCACUCAGCUACCUGGUGCUCUCCAGGGGGAAGGUGGUGGCCUUCGGCAGCCAGAAGUUCAUCUCCAGCGGCGACAACAAGCAGACGCUGAGGUUCAAGGUGACGGUUGCCAUGGUGCCGUCUGUCCGGCUGCUGGUCUACUACAUUCUGUUUGGGGGCGGAGCCAAUGAGCUGGUGGCCGACGCCGUGUGGCUGGAUGUCAGAGACAAGUGUGUCAAUGGGCUUCAGACCGAUGUGUCGUAUCAGGGUCGAGUCUACAAACCAAAGGAAAACCUCCGUCUGGACAUCCGGACCAAUCAGGACGGGCUGGUCGCCUUGUCGGCUGUUGACUCCGCCCUCUACGAGCUGAGGCCCAACUACAGAGACCCCGUUACACAGGUGCUGCGUCACCUGGAGCAAAGUGAUCAGGGCUGCGGUGGAGGCGGCGGCAGAGACAGCGCAGACGUCUUCCUAUUGGCCGGCCUCACCUUCAUCACCAACGCCAACGCCCAGCCAUCAACCAGCAUUGCAGCGUGCUCGGCAGCCGUGCGUACUAAGCGAGCUCUGACUGAAGAGGAGAAGACAAAGAAAGUGAGGAGCUAUGGCCGUCUGGAGCCCUGCUGUACAACGGGCAUGAAGUACAUCCCAAAGAGUGUGACCUGCCGCCAGUACGCCCUGCAGCGGUACAGCAAACGCCUCCGCUGCCAACGGGUCUUCAAAGACUGCUGCGAGUUCUUCCAGCAGAAUCUGGACCAGAACCUCAUCCUGGGACGCCACGCGAUGGGUGCAACCUUCGACGUGGCUCCUUCUCUGGUCCGGAGCUACUUCCCAGAGAGCUGGAUGUGGGAGGUGCAGCGUGUCAGUUCGGGCCUGUUGUCGGCCACCAGGCCUCUACCAGACUCUCUCACCACCUGGGAGAUCAAGGCCGUCGGCAUUUUCCAGAACGGUGUGUGUGUAGCGGAGCCGGUCCAGGUGUCGGUCAAUCUCCCUCUCAGUGUGGAUGUCCCGCUCCCCUACCAGGUGAUCAGAGGAGAACAGGUGGAGCUGAAGGGGUCCGUCUACAACCAGCAGGACAACGCUGUCAUGUUCUGUGUGACGCUGACAGCCGGCCCGGCGGUGUGCCUGCAGCAGUCCCACCCCAACCCCGCGGGGCUGGGACUUCACUCCACCUCCUGCAGCUGGACGCCUCUGUCUGCGGGGGGUGUGGGGAAGGUGAGUUUCACCCUGCUGGGUCUCGAGCCCGGAGACCACAUCCUGACCUUCACCCUGAGGACACGCCAAGGAGGACGAGACGUCCUGGAGAAGAGGCUGAGAGUGGUGCCUGAAGGAGUGAAGAAGGAGCAGUUCUCUGGAGGCAGACUGGACCCUCAGGGCCUCUACGGUUCAGAGAAGAGAACGGUGGAGUUGAAGAACAAGACGCCGGCCAACGUCGUCCCCAACACAGCUGUGGAGAGGACGCUGACCAUCCACGGUGAGGUUCUCGGCGACAUUCUGUCGGUGAUCAACAGCCCCAAAGGCCUCCGGCAGCUCGUCAACCUGCCGGCCGGGUCGGGGGAAGCGGCGCUGGGCGGCGUGCUCCCCCUGGCUCAGGCGUACCAGUACCUGGAGACCACGAGGACCUGGGACCUCCUGGGAGGACAAAUCCAGAAGAAGUCUGCAGACCUGAUACAGAAGAUCAAAGAGGGUCUGGUCAGUAUCAGUUCAUUCAAAAGGGGAGACUCCAGUUACAGCAUGUGGAUGAAGAGAGAACCCAGCACCUGGCUGACAGCCCUGGUGGUGAAGACCCAGUCUGUGGUGGACCCGGUGGUCUCUGUAGACCACCAGACCCUGUCAGAGUCCUUGUCCUGGUUGAUCCGCAGGGCUCAGCAGCCGGACGGAUCCUUCACAGAGAAGUCCUCCUUCAGGCCCAACAGAGUGAUGGCUGCAGGGACCGCUGCUGUUGACCAAUCGGUGUAUCUGACGUCCUUCGUGCUGAUCGCGUUACACAAAGCCACGAAGAUCCAGGACACCAUCCUGCAGCUCCGGUUCCACGAUGACAGCAUGAGGUCUGCAGCAAACUAUAUUUCCCAGCAUGCCUCUGGGGUGAAGAGUGUGUAUGUGCGUGCGGUGGCGACCUACGCGCUGACCCUUCAUGACCCCGACAGCAUGGCGGCCUCUGAGCUCCUCGCCAGUCUGGAGAAACUGGCCUGGGACCAAGGCCACCCCGCUGUGCUCAGGUACUGGCAGGAGUCCAACGUGACAGCUGAUUGGCUGAAACCCGACCAAUCCAGCGGCCUGACGGUGGAGACCACGGCGUACGUCCUGCUGACGGUGCUGCUGAAGGGGCGGAUCCACUACGCCAACCCCAUCCUGUCCUGGCUGACCCGGGAUCAGCACUACGGAAAGGGGUUCUACUCCAUGCAGGACACGGUCUUGACCCUGGAGGCGGUCUCAGAGUACAGCAGGGUGGUCCCCCGAGCCGUCCUCAACCAGGUGAUCGACGUCCGCUACCGGAGGAAAGGAGCGCUGGGUCGAGUCCAGCUGAGCCAGAGCCGGCCCGUGGCCACGCCCAUCCAGGUGACGCAUGAUGAUGACAUCACCGUGUCCACAGGUUUUGGGAGGGGCGUAUCCAACGUGAAGAUGAAGACCGUUUACUACGAGACAGCCUCGUCGGCUCUGAACUGUAACUUUGACCUCACCAUCGAGGUGGCAGGGCCCGACUCCUCCAGUGAUCCCGCUCUCGGCUCUCCUCACCUUGUCGCCUGUGCAAAGUACAGACCUCCUCCUAACGAGGUCUCCACAGAGUCCAGUCUGACGGUGAUGAAGAUCGAGCUGCCCACAGGUGUUGAGGGUUACCUGGAGGACCUGAGACAGUUUAGAGACACAGACGAGCCGAUAAUCUCUCACUAUGAACUCCAAGGAAACACUGUAGUCAUCCAGAUGGACUCUGUUCCCUCAGAGCUCUUCCUGUGCGUUGGGUUCAGGAUCAGGACCAGCUUCAGGGUGGGCGGGGCCAGCAAGUCCCUGUUUAGCAUCUACGAGCGUGAGGACAAAGGUCGUGAAUGCACCAGACAGUUCUCCUACGAGCAGCAGAAGCUUCAGCGGCUCUGUGUGGACGAACAGUGUCAGUGUAUGACAGCUACAUGUGCGGCCUUCAGAGGGAACGUCGAUGCGACGCUGACGGCAACCAAACGUACGAAUGAGACGUGCAGGCCGCACAUCAAAUAUGCCUACAAGGUGACGGUGACGUCUUCAGCAGCAGAAGGAGACUUUAUGACCCACACGGCCACCGUAGUUGAAGUCCUGAAGAACACAGAUAAAGAACUUGAAGCGGUGAGUUCAGGGACCGAGGUGGAGCUGGUAAAAAAGGCCACGUGCAGCGCAGUUGACAUCCAGAACAACAAGCAGUACCUGGUGAUGGGAGCCCGAGGGUCCGAGGUCACACUGAGCCGGGGCCUCAAGUACCGUCUCCCUCUGGACUCGGAGGCGCUGGUGGAGCUGUGGCCGUCUGACUGUAGUUCUCCCGAGUGUUCGGACUACAGUUUCCAUCUGGACGACUUUGCUCUGGACCUGCAGUUGGCCGGCUGCUCAUAACUCAUAACUCAUUUUAAUAGUUAAUAAUAUUAGUUUUAUUAACUAGCAGUUAAAAUAUAAAUGGUUUAAUUCUUCUUUUCCAAAUUAUACUCUGUCAAUAAAAGACAAAAAAUAUGUAUA